CCCUAAUUAAAACUUUUUUCUUCAAAAUUAGUUUUGUGUCCGAGCUGUGCUCAAUGGAAAAAAAAACAAAAAAACAAUUGCCUUACUGUGUUGUAGCCUGUCCCAGAGGAGCUGCAGAAUGGACCGGGGUUUGGAUACGUCGUGGCAUUUCGACCUCACGGUGCCACAGGGUGGAUGCAGGCUGCUGUACCCUCUGCUGAGGCCUCCAGAUACGUCUUUAAAAAUGAGAGCAUCCAGCCGUUCUCCCCUUUCCACGUAAAAGUUUGGGUUUACAACAAUGAGGGAGAGGGGCCCUUUGGAUCCAUUACUACUAUUUACUCAGCCGAAGAUGAGCCUGGCCGUGCGCCCACCAGGGUUCGUGCCAAGACCCUCUCUGCAUCUGAGAUCGAAGUUUCGUGGAAAGCGCUGCCGUGGAACGCCAGCAAGAAAAGAGUUUUGGGCUACGAGCUGAGGUACUGGAGUAGAAGUGAAAGGGAAGACACAGCCAGUGUGCAAAGAACGGUCGGAAAUCAAACAUCUACGAUUAUCCAAGGAGUGAAAGGCAGCACCACGUAUUACAUCUCAGUUAGGGCGUAUAACACUGCUGGAGCAGGGCCUCCCAGCACCGUUGUCAACGUUACCACUAAAAAACCACCGCCCAGUCAGCCACCGGGUAAAGUGAUGUGGAACACAUCAAACUCCAAGAUUAUACUGAACUGGGAGCAGGUCAAAGCUCUGGAGAAUGAGUCAGAGGUCACCGGUUACAAAGUGCUCUACAAGAAGAACCGGCACAGUCGCCCCAACGUCAUGGAAACCAACACCACCUCUGUGGAGCUCGCCCUGCCCACUGACGAGGAUUAUAUCAUACAGAUAAAACCAUUCGGCGAGGGAGGGGAAGGCAGCAGUAGCAGGCAGAUCACCAUCCCAAGGAUACCAGGCCCCAACGCAGUCGGCUCAGCAUCCAAGGUCUCCACUCUGUCAGCGCUCAGCACAAUAGCACUGUCUUUCACAGCCCGGACAUCUUUAUGACAAACAGCUCUCAGCAGACGUUGCUUCUGAUGUGGAGAUGGCUCUCUGCGGCGGAACGCAAACACAGCCCACUCUGGUGUAGCUGGAUACAUUCAUUUAGAUUUUAGAGGCAAAAGGAAGGCGCUGAUGAGAAAAAAUCUGUUUAUUUCAAAAAAAAAAAAAAAAAAAAAUUGCCAUUGAGAUGUCAGGGAAAGUGUCCCCUUCAGCACCCAGGCUAAGCAAAGGAAAUUGGCCGAUGUUGUGACUAUGUUGUUACCAAAGCAGCUUUCAUAAGAAAAAAAGUAAAGAGAAAAAUGUCUUAUAUGCAUCUUUUUGUAUGACAUGUUGAGCUUUUUAUAGAUUUGGUUUUGUUAAUACAUUUUAAGUCAGUCUGGGCCUUUUUGAAGUGAGAGAAGGCAGGUGCAUGGCAAAUAAAAUCAUCAACGUUUCCCCUUUGGAGCUUAAGAAUGUGAUUUGAUAGGAAGUGAAAAUUAACUAUUUAUAAUCCCCUGUUGCAUCUCUGGAUUUAUUUUCUGAGGUCAUAGUUCACUGAAAAAAUGCGCUGACUUGUCAUACUUUCAGAGUUCCUCGUCUGUGCAGAGCGUCUUAUUUCCAUGUGCGCUAACAUGGCCACCUUUUGGGCCUCCUCACAUAACCUUAAGCAAGUGUCCAUGGUUACUGUGUCCUUUUUUGUCUCUUUUGCGUGUCACCAAGUGGACUGGAAAGUGUUGUGCUACAAUGAGCUACAUGCUCGCAUUCAUGCUCAAAGGGCUCGUGUGGACUACGAACAGGCUGAUGACCUCUACGAACACGUGAACGCUGAAAGUAUGACCGGGGCCGAAGGGUUUCACUCUGCGCAGAAAUAGGAUUAGCAUCAUGUCUCCAGACAGACACGUGCUAAUGUUGCUUAGCUAGCCAAAGUUCCCAGCUACAAUCAAAAUGGAUUCCUCCCCCCCUUUUUCUGUGUCAUUAAUCUAAAGAAAAUACAGAAAAAAAAUAUGGUUUUGGUGCCAGUCUUCUCGGGGCAAAGGUGACGAAGAACUCGCCGAAGGUUGAUGAAUUGCCUCAAAGUCACCCAUGAGAUUGUUGACUGACCUUUGAUCCAGUAAAUAACACUAUGCUGUUGUUGGAUAGCAUCCGUCUGUCCUUGGGGUUCCAAAACCUUGGGCCUGGAACUGCACUGGUGGCCAGACCCUCAUGGUCGUCUCAUGCUCCUCGUUAUUUUUCGGUUAGCCCUGUGUCUAGAGCUAUUCUUUGCCUUCUGUGUGCCUCAUCAUAUGUUCAAAAUCCUCAGGUCCUUAAAGAGCCUUAACUUAUCAUGUAUAUAUAUAUAUUAAAAAAACAACAACAUCAGACGCGUAGAACUACGAAGCAGCCGUGGUGAUGUUUACAUGCUGCUGUGUUGAUAGAAACUGUCAGGAUUGGGUAAAGGGAUUGGGGCAGCUGCUGAGGUCACUGAAGUUAGUUUGGAUGGCGUUUCGCAUGGGAUGUUGGCAAUAUAUGAGGCCUGGCGCAUUUUUUUAUAGGUGUGUAUUCUUAAUAAAAAGAUGAUGCUGCUGAUCUUUUCCUUUUUUUUCCAUAGUGUCCUGAUGCCACGUGGGACUGCUGUAGUAGUUUGUAGUACUUUGAAGGGGAAGUGUACUGUAGGCUACUGGGUCUUCGCUCAGAAUCAUGCAUCAAGAAACGUGUAAUAUACUGUUUUGUACACUUCAAAUCAUUUAUAUUAAAAGAACCUUUCUAAAGAAAUGAUUUACUCGGUUUUUAUGUAAGAACUCUGUUUCAUACAGUAGCUGUAACUGUUGCUCAGCAUGACUGUACUUUGUUCCCUCUCUAUCCUCUCUCUCUCUGUCAGUCUGCAAAACAGCUGAAUGGCUUUAGGAACAUGCCAGGUCCAUCCAUCUGAUAGAACUGUGUAUACUGUGUGUGUACCAUAAAAAAAAAACUGACCCAUUAGCCUAUGUCUAUGCUUCUGUCUCAUUCAGCCCAACUCAGAUGCACUAGGCCUACUGUCUGUAUAUGCUCUACAGGAGGGUUUCCUCUGUUGCUGUUUGUUGUUUAUACUGUGUUAAUAAAGACUAUUGAUUUAUACAAUGA